AUGGCGAUUAACAAGAAAUACUCUCGGCUGGCUUUUGUCACGGUCGCUAUUUCAGUGCUGCUUGUACUAAGUUCUCUUCUCAAUAAAUUUUACUCACACAAUGCAAACAUAGCUAGCACUUCCCUGUCUAUGCGCCUGCUGGAUUUGAAUAAACUCCCGUUAGGGUCUGAGCAGCAGGAUAUUAGUGCUCAGGAGUCAAGAAUACUAGAAGAUUUGCGCGAGACGGACACAAUUGUUGUCAGCAUAGGAAAGAAAGCGUGUUUUCAUAUAUUAACGCAUUUAGAGCUAUGUCAUAGUCAUGGUUUUCACUAUAGACGCGAUGCUGAUGUAUCGAUAUCAACACACACCAUCGAAAAAGAUUUACAAGAGUCUAAAAGAAAUAAUCUUUUUGGCUUUUCGUCUUAUUUAACCUAUGACACAAUCACAGUAGAGGAAACAUUGAAAUAUCUAUCACAACUAAAGGAUGACAAAGACAGCAAAUUGAUGGGAUUCGUGAAUCUAGAAAAAGUCACCUCAGACAAAGAGCAGCAUUGGAGCUUUGAUGCCGCAAAGUUGACUUUUAAAUCUUUGUCCUUGAUCAACUUUAUCAGUGACCUUAAUGUCCUUUAUGGUGAGGACUGCCGUGAUCCUAGACCUAAUUGGGAAAUAUAUCGUGAUUCUUCAAUCUGUAAUGGAAAGGUACCGUGCUUUCUUGCACGCGCUAAACUUAAACCAUCGGUAACUGGUACUGAAGCAAUUAGCCUGAGAGCGGAUAAUCAAAAUAAAUUCAAGAUUGUCCAAUUAGCGGACCUGCAUUUUAGUGUCGGGAAAGGGAAAUGCCGAGACGAAUACCCACCAAACGAAAAAUGUGAAGCAGAUCCGAAAACUUUAGAUUUCAUCGAGUCUGUUCUCGAUAUUGAACAGCCUAACUUAGUAGUUUUCACAGGUGACCAAAUUAUGGGAGAUGAGUGCAAAUUGGACUCUGAGUCGGCCCUUCUUAAGGUUAUAGAUCCUGUUGUCAAAAGAAAAAUACCAUAUACCAUGGUUUGGGGCAAUCAUGAUGAUGAAGGAAGUCUUAAUCGAUGGGAACUUUCACAGUUAAUUGAGUCGAUGCCCUAUUCGGUAUUUAAAGCCAACCCUUAUGACUCGGAUGACAACAGUUUUGGGGUUGGAAACUAUGUGCAAUAUGUGUGGGACGAGCACGGUUCCCCUAUGAUGGCCUUAUAUUUUCUAGAUUCUCACAAGUAUUCGCCCAAUCCAAGAGCAUAUCCGGGUUACGAUUGGAUAAAGGAAGCACAAUGGUCAUAUUUCAGAGAUGUUAAGACUAACUUUUCAAAAAUACUGGAUCCCAACUCUUCAAUGAUCUUAUCAAUGGCUUUUUUCCACAUACCCCUGCCCGAGUAUGUCAAUCUCAAUUCCGUUCAAUCAUCGGAGAAAACCAAUCCCAUUGUGGGAAGUUUAAAAGAAGGAAUAACUGCUCCAAAGUAUAACACAGGGGGAGUUGAAACCCUUCAAGAUCUUGGUGUCACCGUAGCAAGCGUCGGCCAUGACCAUUGCAAUGACUAUUGUCUUCUUGAUGACUCGCACCUCACAAAAGAUAAAAGCAGGGUAUGGUUGUGCUAUGGCGGUGCUGCUGGGGAGGGUGGUUAUGCUGGUUAUGGGGGUACAGAACGACGUAUACGUAUCUUUGAUGUCGACCUGUCCAAGGGUGAAAUUCAUACCUGGAAAAGGUUAAAUGGUUCACCUCAAAAGAUAUUUGACCGUCAAACUUUGGUCAUCGGUGGUGUUCCAAAUAUUGCCUAA